CCAAAGUGGGGUGGAGACGAAUGGAAUUCAAUUGAAUUGAACACUAAUUCCGCUUUUAAUUAUUGAAGCAAACCUUUAGCAGCCUCUUCUUAUUCAAAGAAAUCCCAAUAAAGCGAAACUUAUCCAAACAAAACCCAACAUUCACUGGAUUUGUAUGCGCCUACAAACUGACACACAGACCGACAGAGGGACUGAGAGAGAAUCCCAAAACUGAAAAAAUGGCAGAGAAGAAAGCAAGCAUAACCCACCAGCUUCAGGCCGCGAAGCACAAGUCCGGCAAGUCCUACAGCCAGCUUGCCAAGGAGACGGGCCUCACCAACGUUUAUGUUGCCCAGCUUCUCAGGCGCCAAGCUCAGCUCAAGCCUGAGACUGCCCCGAAGUUGCAGGCUGCCCUGCCCGACCUGCCCCAAGAACUCAUUCAGGAGAUGAUGAUUCCACCCUUGAGGUCCUACGAUCCUAAUUUGAUCCAGGACCCCACUAUUUACAGGUUGAAUGAGGCAGUUAUGCAUUUUGGUGAAAGCAUCAAGGAGAUUGUCAAUGAGGAAUUUGGUGAUGGAAUUAUGUCAGCUAUAGACUUCUACUGUUCAGUCGACAAAGUUAAAGGUGUGGAUGGCAAGGAUCGGGUAGUCCUGACAUUUGAUGGGAAAUAUUUACCUCAUUCUGAGCAGAAGUCAGAGCACAUGGUUUCAAGGUUGCGUUUGGAAUGAUAACGCACAGCCUCAAGCUGAAGCAGAAGCCGGAGCAAAUGGUUUCGAGAAUGCAAGGGAAAUAAUAUGCCGCAUACACAGGCAGGUGUUGUAACUUAAGUGUCUUUAUCAAUAAACUCCUUGUAUUGUAUGCCAUAUAGGGGUUUGUACUGCCUGGCAUUGUUAAACAAAAUCUUAGAAGUAUCGUGUUGUAAGAGUGUGAGCACAGCCUCAAUCUGAGACAAGUGUUAUCAACGUUGUUCCCUGGAUCAAUAAUUUUGUCUGCAUUUCCGUUCAUAGUUCGGAGAGCUUCCCGACUUUGUUAACAGGAUCUUAAUUAGUCAAUUAGUUGUGUGGUACUUGCAUUUCGAAUAUGAAAAGGGCAGGUAGCUAUUUGCGAA